AUGAAAUAUUUAUUUUUUUCCUUAUUCUUAUGUUAUAACUUAAUCGUUUAUAUAUAUUGUGUUUCAAAAAAUGCAUAUAAUAUAAAAAAGAAAAGAAGGGGGGAAUGUAAUUUCCCUAUAAAUAAUCAAAGAUGUAAUAAUAAUAUGAACUCUCUUAUUAUGAAUAAAUAUUUGUAUAAAAAAAGGAAACAUUCUAAUACGUUACCAUUUAUCAAAACAUAUAACAAUUUUAAGGAAAAAAACAAAAAUGAUGUAGUAUACAUAUCAUAUUAUUCUAUAAAUCAUAAUAAAAAAUAUAAUAAUAAAAUACACACGCAUAUUCUUUUCAUGAAUAAUAAUAAUAAUAAUAAUAAUAAUAAUAGUAGUAGUAGUAGUAGUAGUAGUAGUAGUAAUAAUAAUAAAGAGUAUAUCAAAGCAAAUAAUACCAAUAUGUUGUUCAGCAUUUAUAACAAAAUAUCAGAAGAUGGGAAAUCCAAAAAUAGCCUACUUAGUGAUAUAUCUAAAUUAUUUAAAAUUGUAAAAGAUAGCAAAUUAAUAUUUGUAACUGGAUUUUUAUUAACAACCUUGUCAGCAAUUGUCGAUUCAUACAUUCCAAUUUUUCUAUCCAAAACGGUAUCUUUUGUAAUGGAAAGAAAAAAUUUUACAUUUCUUAAAAUACACAAAACGAAUUUGUCAGUUGUAAAAGAUUUAAUAGAAUAUCUUAAAUUUUUUAGUACUAACCCUUUCCAUAUGUAUGUAUUGAUAUCUGUUAUAAGUUUAUUAUUUUCUUCCUUUCGUUCAUAUAUUUUUAAUGUGUGUGCAUAUGUAAGCACUAAUAAAUUACAAAAAUAUCUUUUCAAUGUAUUGUUACAUAAAAAUAUGAACUAUUUUAAGAAAAAAGGAAAAGGAGAAUUAAUAAGUAGACUUAAUAUCGAUUCAUCUGAAUUAAUUGAUAUUUUUACAACGAACAUCAUUGUAUUAUUUCGAAAUAUGAUAAAAAUAGUUUUGUCAUUUUAUUUUUUAUAUAAAAUUAACGUACAUUUAUUUAUUGUUUCUUUAUUUAUUGUUUUUAUUAUUUCAAAUAUAUCCAUUUUUUUUUCUAAUAUAUUUCGUAAGCUAGCCAAAGAAGAAAGUAAUGUAGUUGCUCAGUCAAACAAUAUUGUAGAAGAAUCAAUUUAUAAUUUUUCACUUAUAAGUACUUUUAACACACAUAAUAAAGAAAUAAAGAAAUAUAAUAAUUCAUUAGAUACUAUUUAUAUGUCUAGGAUGAAAUUAGGGUUAUUAUAUAUUAUAGAGAAGUUUUUUAUUCGUCUAAUAGAUAUGAUGACAUUUAUAUUAACCCUAAUUUUAAGUAAAAAAACGUUAAUGUAUAAUUUGAAUACUGACACAAGAACGAUCAUUUCGUCUGUCAUAUAUAUGCAAAAUAUAAUUGCUCAAUCAUGUACGAUAGAGCAACAAUAUUCAAGGGUUCAAGAACUUAUAGGUAAUGCAGAAGAUGUCAUAAAAUUAAUAGAAAAGGACAAUAUGCGCAACAAUAACAAUAAUAAUAAUGAAAAUAUUAAAUUGGUAUGUAAUAAAUAUAAUUUCUUUUCUAUUCUUUUUAAUAUAAAUGAUAUGAAAAAUUUUAUAUUUAAUCAUUCUCUUUUGAAAAAAUUUCAAACCAUACAAAACAAUUCUGAUUAUGUUUCCAAUAUAAUUAAACCGAAUUAUCUAAAAUUAUUUGAAAGAAACUAUAACAAUUUAAUUAAAUUAUUUUUUAAUGAAAAGAAUUAUAAUCAGUGUGAUGAAAGCCUUUUCAAAAAUGGAUCAAUUGAUGAUAUAAUAAAUAAUAUUGAUAUGUAUGAAAAAAAAGAAGAAACAAAUAAAACAAAUAAAAUAAAUGAUUACCACAAUUUUAUAAGUAAUAAACAAGUGUACGACGAUAAAACAAAGGAUUGUACUUUAAAGAAAAAAAAACAAGAUAAUUCAUUUCAUUAUAAUACACCAAAUAAUAACGUUGACAUGAAAAAUCAAUUAGAUCAACAUUGUUUUAGUAAAUCAGAAAAAUUUCAAAAUAAAUUAAAAAAAAAGAUACAAGAAAUCAAUAUGCAAGAAGUAUACCAAUUUAUUAAAAAUGAUCAUGAACUUAUUAUCAAAUAUAAAUUAGAUCGAAAAUUUAUACGUUUUUUAAAGACACAUUAUAAAAAAAAUAUCAUAUUAUUUAUCCUAAAAUUAUAUAAAGAAAGGAAUAAUUCAGUAUCAGAUAAUUUUCUAUUCCUUUUUGAUAACAUUAGUUCAUUUAAAAAUUUAUCAAUGAAAGACAAAAAGAGCAUCUUAAAAAUGAGUAAUAUAACAAAUAAAACAAUAUAUAUUAUUUUGCUUACCUUCCUAUUUUAUAAUUAUUCCAAGUUUUAUUACAAGAGGCAGAAAAAAAAAAAUUUCAUAAAUUUUAUUGAAAAAAAAAACAAAAUGUUAAAGAAUAAUCAAAAUGUUGAAAGGGACCAACACGGUUCAAGUACAUACGAGAAAUUGUAUGAAUCAAUGGAUGAUGAAAUAAAUAUAAACGAUGUCUUAAGUGACACCAUAUGUGAUAAUUCAGAUGACACCAUAUGUGAUAAUUCAAAUGACACCAUAUGUGAUAAUUCAAAUGACACCAUAUGUGAUAAUUCAAAUGACACCAUAUGUGAUAAUUCAAAUGACACCAUAUGUGAUAAUUCAAAUGACACCUUAUGUGAUAAUUCAAAUGACACCAUAUGUGAUAAUUCAAAUGACACCAUAUGUAAUAAUUCAAAUGACACCAUAUGUGAUAAUUCAAAUGACACCUUAUGUGAUAAUUCAAAUGAUAUCUCAAGAAAUUAUCAAUCGAACCAGCAUUUAUAUCCACAAAUUAUGUCCACUAAGCCAAAUAAAAAUGAUCAAUAUAAUAAUAACCCAACAGACAAUUUAGAAUUGAAUAAUGAAUCAGUUAUUUUAAAUAAAACAAAAAGCAGAACAAAAAAAAAAAGGAAUUUAAACAAUAUCUUACCUUAUAUUGUAGAAAACGCUAUAAAAGAAUUAGAAAUUUUAAAAUUUAUUGAUGCCAAUUAUAAAAGUAUAAAUGAAAAUUUAAUAUUAGAUAAUAUAAAAGAUAAUCAAAAAGGAAGUACUUUAAUUUUUGAAAAUGUAGAUUUUUAUUUUGCCAAAUAUCCAAAAAAUAAAAUUUUAUCAAAUAUUAAUUUAAAAUUUUCCAAUAAAUAUACAUAUGGAAUAUUAUGUUAUAAUGACUCAGGAAAAAAUUAUCUUGCCAAAUUAGCUGCUAGGUUAUAUAAUAAAACAUAUGGCAAUAUAUUAUUAGAUGAUGAGAAUAUAGAAAAUAUAUCCAAAUAUAUAUUAACCAAAAAAAUAUCAUUAGUAGAAGAACAAAGUUAUAUUUUUAGUGACAGUAUAAUUUAUAACAUGCUUUAUUCAUAUAAUUGUAUUACAAAAGGAAACAAAAAUUUUUAUUAUUUAAAUUAUAAUUUCAAGUUGAAUCAAAAUAAUAUAAAUAAUUGUGUACACCUUUUCUCUCACGAUAAUGAUAUUACAACAAGUGAUUAUAAUAAUAACAAUAUUAAUAAAAAUAUUAAUAGUGAUAAUUAUAGUAGUAGUAGUAGUAAUACUAUUAGUAGUUCUAUAAAUAAUGAACAAUAUGAAAAAAUUAAAGAGAAAAACAAAAAAAAAAAAAUUAAAUACAAAAUAAAAGAAAAUAAGCCAUCCAUAUACAAUAUACAUAAUACAACUAAUAACAAUCUUGUAGACCAAUCAUUAUAUACAUUUAAAAAUUUUAAAAAAAAAUGCUUAAUGUGUGGAAGUCUUAUAGACACAAAAUUAUUGGAAGAACAAAAAAAAAGUCCAAGCUAUAAUAAAUAUAAAGUUCAUUUCAUAAAAAAAUUAUAUAAAGAAAUAAUUAAAGUUUCAAAAAUUGUAUGCUUAUAUGAUGUUAUUAAUUCUUAUCCAGAUAAAUUUUUUCAUAAUAUUAAUGAUAAAAUUUUAUCAGGAGGACAAAAACAAAAAAUUUCAUUAGCUAGAGCUAUUAUAAAAAAACCAAAAAUACUUAUAUUAGAUGAUGCUUUUAGUGCAUUAGAUGCAGCAAAUGAAUUAAAAAUAUUUUCAAGUUUAAAAAAUUAUUUACCAAAUUGUACUAUCGUAAAUCUUUCUCAUAAAAUAACCACAGUAAAUAAGUGUGAUUAUAUUUAUGUUUUAAAAGACGGGAAAAUUAUAGAACAUGGUUUACGAACAAAAUUGAUACAAAAUAGAAACAGUGAGUAUAUUAAAAAAUUCAAUGAAUAUUGA